ACAUUGAAACGUCAGACACACAUUGAGUCGUGAGCGCUUGUUCUCUCUUCUGUCCCCAACAACCCAAAACCUCCAAAACCACAGCAGCCAUGGCCGAAGCCAUUGCAGCCGCCGCCACCACAUCCCUCUCUGUAAAACCCUCAAAUCUUCAUUCCCAACUCUUCCUCUCUUCCACUUCUUUCCCUAUUAUUCGAUUGAACUCUCUCAAAAACCCAAACUUUCGGCCACUGGUAGUUUCCUCAACGAGCAUCGAGUCAGCAGCCACCCGGAAAAAUUCAUCAAAAACCUCCUUUCUUGAUCAAAGAGAAGGCAGCAGAUACCUUCACUUUGUCAAAUACCACGGCCUCGGCAAUGAUUUCAUUUUGGUUGAUAACAGGGACUCUAGCGAACCCAAGAUAACUCCAGAGCAAGCAGCGAAGUUAUGUGAUAGGAAUUUUGGGAUCGGGGCAGAUGGGGUGAUUUUUGCAUUGCCAGGGAUUAAUGGGACUGAUUAUACAAUGAGGAUAUUUAAUUCUGAUGGGAGUGAGCCGGAGAUGUGUGGAAAUGGGGUGCGGUGUUUUGCAAGGUUUAUUUCUGAGCUAGAGAAUUUACAUGGGAAGAAACUGAGUUUUUCUGUGCAUACUGGUGCUGGCUUGAUUGUUCCUGAGAUUCAAGAAGAUGGGAAAGUUAAGGUUGAUAUGGGAGAGCCGGUGCUUAAAGCAGCUGAUGUGCCGACAAAAUUGGCCGCGAAUAAGAAUGAUGCUGUUGUUAAGUCGGAAUUGGUUGUGGAUGGAGUGACUUGGAAUGUGACUUGUGUUAGCAUGGGGAAUCCUCAUUGUGUCACUUUUGGCAUCAAAGGAGGGCAGGAUUUGCAGGUUGAUGCAUUAAAUUUGGCUCAAAUUGGUCCUAAGUUCGAACAUCAUGAGGUUUUCCCAGCACGAACAAACACUGAGUUUGUGCAAGUCUGUUCCCCUUCACAUCUCAAAAUGCGUGUAUGGGAGCGUGGGGCAGGAGCAACACUAGCCUGUGGAACUGGGGCCUGCGCAACAGUUGUUGCGGCAGUUCUAGAGGGACAUGCUGGGAGAAAUUGCACGGUUGAUCUACCUGGAGGUCCACUGGAGAUUGAGUGGAGGGAGGAAGACAACCAUGUGUACAUGACUGGCCCAGCUGAAAUGGUGUUUGAUGGAUCAGUACCCCUACGAUAUCUCUUAGAAUGAAGAUUGAUUUAUUCUCUUACCUGAAACUUCGCAUAAACACUAGUCAUUAAUCCUAAAACUGCUACAAUAACGUUUGUGUUUCCCUGUGUCUCACUAACUGGUAUCGAGUAUCGAGUCAUUUGAAGUUAAGUUUUUUAGCUAGAGCGUUUCAUCGCAAAGAAGAAGCCAAUUGUACCAGCAGCUUAAGGGGCCUGAAGAUAUAAUCCCCCGGUUGGUCCUCAUUCUGAAGGUCCAUGGCAAACUAUUUCAGUUGCUGUUAUGCUUUGAGACGAGAGCUGCCCCUGACCCUGUUUAUGUGAAAUCACUGUGUUAUGGACUUAUUUCCUGGAUACCAUUCACAUUAAUAUUCAACAUCGUGUUUGAGCUGCAA